AUGGUGCCUCUGUGGCCUUCUCGAGCACAGGCAUGGUGUCUCUGUGGCCUUCUCGAGCACAGGCAUGGUGUCUCUGUGGCCUUCUCGAGCACAGGCAUGGUGUCUCUGUGGCCUUCUCGAGCACAGGCAUGGUGUCUCUGUGGCCUUCUCGAGCACAGGCAUGGUGUCUCUGUAGCCUUCUCGAGCACAGGCAUGGUGUCUCUGUGGCCUUCUCGAGCACAGGCAUGGUGCCUCUGUGGCCUUCUCGAGCACAGGCAUGGUGUCUCUGUGGCCUUCUCGAGCACAGGCAUGGUGUCUCUGUGGCCUUCUCGAGCACAGGCAUGGUGUCUCUGUGGCCUUCUCGAGCACAGGCAUGGUGUCUCUGUGGCCUUCUCGAGCACAGGCAUGGUGUCUCUGUGGCCUUCUCGAGCACAGGCAUGGUGUCUCUGUGGCCUUCUCGAGCACAGGCAUGGUGUCUCUGUGGCCUUCUCGAGCACAGGCAUGGUGCCUCUGUGGCCUUCUCGAGCACAGGCAUGGUGUCUCUGUGGCCUUCUCGAGCACAGGCAUGGUGUCUCUGUGGCCUUCUCGAGCACAGGCAUGGUGUCUCUGUGGCCUUCUCGAGUACAGGCAUGGUGCCUCUGUGGCCUUCUCGAGCACAGGCAUGGUGCCUCUGUGGCCUUCUCGAGCACAGGCAUGGUGUCUCUGUGGCCUUCUCGAGCACAGGCAUGGUGUCUCUGUGGCCUUCUCGAGCACAGGCAUGGUGUCUCUGUGGCCUUCUCGAGCACAGGCAUGGUGUCUCUGUGGCCUUCUCGAGCACAGGCAUGGUGUCUCUGUGGCCUUCUCGAGCACAGGCAUGGUGUCUCUGUGGCCUUCUCGAGCACAGACAUGGUGUCUCUGUGGCCUUCUCGAGCACAGGCAUGGUGUCUCUGUGGCCUUCUCGAGCACAGGCAUGGUGUCUCUGUGGCCUUCUCGAGCACAGGCAUGGUGCCUCUGUGGCCUUCUCGAGCACAGGCAUGGUGUCUCUGUGGCCUUCUCGAGCACAGGCAUGGUGUCUCUGUGGCCUUCUCGAGCACAGGCAUGGUGUCUCUGUGGCCUUCUCGAGCACAGGCAUGGUGUCUCUGUGGCCUUCUCGAGCACAGGCAUGGUGUCUCUGUGGCCUUCUCGAGCACAGGCAUGGUGUCUCUGUGGCCUUCUCGAGCACAGGCAUGGUGUCUCUGUGGCCUUCUCGAGCACAGGCAUGGUGUCUCUGUGGCCUUCUCGAGCACAGGCAUGGUGUCUCUGUGGCCUUCUCGAGCACAGGCAUGGUGUCUCUGUGGCCUUCUCGAGCACAGGCAUGGUGCCUCUGUGGCCUUCUCGAGCACAGGCAUGGUGUCUCUGUGGCCUUCUCGAGCACAGGCAUGGUGUCUCUGUGGCCUUCUCGAGCACAGGCAUGGUGUCUCUGUGGCCUUCUCGAGCACAGGCAUGGUGCCUCUGUGGCCUUCUCGAGCACAGGCAUGGUGUCUCUGUGGCCUUCUCGAGCACAGGCAUGGUGUCUCUGUGGCCUUCUCGAGCACAGGCAUGGUGUCUCUGUGGCCUUCUCGAGCACAGGCAUGGUGCCUCUGUGGCCUUCUCGAGCACAGGCAUGGUGUCUCUGUGGCCUUCUCGAGCACAGGCAUGGUGUCUCUGUGGCCUUCUCGAGCACAGGCAUGGUGCCUCUGUGGCCUUCUCGAGCACAGGCAUGGUGUCUCUGUGGCCUUCUCGAGCACAGGCAUGGUGUCUCUGUGGCCUUCUCGAGCACAGGCAUGGUGUCUCUGUGGCCUUCUCGAGCACAGGCAUGGUGUCUCUGUGGCCUUCUCGAGCACAGGCAUGGUGUCUCUGUGGCCUUCUCGAGCACAGGCAUGGUGUCUCUGUGGCCUUCUCGAGCACAGGCAUGGUGUCUCUGUGGCCUUCUCGAGCACAGGCAUGGUGCCUCUGUGGCCUUCUCGAGCACAGGCAUGGUGUCUCUGUGGCCUUCUCGAGCACAGGCAUGGUGUCUCUGUGGCCUUCUCGAGCACAGGAAUGGUGUCUCUGUGGCCUUCUCGAGCACAGGCAUGGUGCCUCUGUGGCCUUCUCGAGCACAGGCAUGGUGUCUCUGUGGCCUUCUCGAGCACAGGCAUGGUGUCUCUGUGGCCUUCUCGAGCACAGGCAUGGUGUCUCUGUGGCCUUCUCGAGCACAGGCAUGGUGCCUCUGUGGCCUUCUCGAGCACAGGCAUGGUGUCUCUGUGGCCUUCUCGAGCACAGGCAUGGUGUCUCUGUGGCCUUCUCGAGCACAGGCAUGGUGCCUCUGUGGCCUUCUCGAGCACAGGCAUGGUGUCUCUGUGGCCUUCUCGAGCACAGGCAUGGUGUCUCUGUGGCCUUCUCGAGCACAGGCAUGGUGUCUCUGUGGCCUUCUCGAGCACAGGCAUGGUGUCUCUGUGGCCUUCUCGAGCACAGGCAUGGUGUCUCUGUGGCCUUCUCGAGCACAGGCAUGGUGUCUCUGUGGCCUUCUCGAGCACAGGCAUGGUGUCUCUGUGGCCUUCUCGAGGACAGGCAUGGUGCCUCUGUGGCCUUCUCGAGCACAGGCAUGGUGCCUCUGUGGCCUUCUCGAGCACAGGCAUGGUGCCUCUGUGGCCUUCUCGAGCACAGGCAUGGUGCCUCUGUGGCCUUCUCGAGCACAGGCAUGGUGUCUCUGUGGCCUUCUCGAGCACAGGCAUGGUGUCUCUGUGGCCUUCUCGAGCACAGGCAUGGUGCCUCUGUGGCCUUCUCGAGCACAGGCAUGGUGUCUCUGUGGCCUUCUCGAGCACAGGCAUGGUGUCUCUGUGGCCUUCUCGAGCACAGGCAUGGUGUCUCUGUGGCCUUCUCGAGCACAGGCAUGGUGUCUCUGUGGCCUUCUCGAGCACAGGCAUGGUGUCUCUGUGGCCUUCUCGAGCACAGGCAUGGUGCCUCUGUGGCCUUCUCGAGCACAGGCAUGGUGUCUCUGUGGCCUUCUCGAGCACAGGCAUGGUGUCUCUGUGGCCUUCUCGAGCACAGGCAUGGUGUCUCUGUGGCCUUCUGGAGCACAGGCAUGGUGCCUCUGUGGCCUUCUCGAGCACAGGCAUGGUGCCUCUGUGGCCUUCUCGAGCACAGGCAUGGUGCCUCUGUGGCCUUCUCGAGCACAGGCAUGGUGUCUCUGUGGCCUUCUCGAGCACAGGCAUGGUGUCUCUGUGGCCUUCUCGAGCACAGGCAUGGUGUCUCUGUGGCCUUCUCGAGCACAGGCAUGGUGUCUCUGUGGCCUUCUCGAGCACAGGCAUGGUGUCUCUGUGGCCUUCUCGAGCACAGGCAUGGUGUCUAUGUGGCCUUCUCGAGCACAGGCAUGGUGUCUCUGUGGCCUUCUCGAGCACAGGCAUGGUGUCUCUGUGGCCUUCUCGAGCACAGGCAUGGUGUCUCUGUGGCCUUCUCGAGCACAGGCAUGGUGCCUCUGUGGCCUUCUCGAGCACAGGCAUGGUGCCUCUGUGGCCUUCUCGAGCACAGGCAUGGUGCCUCUGUGGCCUUCUCGAGCACAGGCAUGGUGUCUCUGUGGCCUUCUCGAGCACAGGCAUGGUGUCUCUGUGGCCUUCUCGAGCACAGGCAUGGUGUCUCUGUGGCCUUCUCGAGCACAGGCAUGGUGUCUCUGUGGCCUUCUCGAGCACAGGCAUGGUGUCUCUGUGGCCUUCUCGAGCACAGGCAUGGUGUCUCUGUGGCCUUCUCGAGCACAGGCAUGGUGUCUCUGUGGCCUUCUCGAGCACAGGCAUGGUGUCUCUGUGGCCUUCUCGAGCACAGGCAUGGUGCCUCUGUGGCCUUCUCGAGCACAGGCAUGGUGUCUCUGUGGCCUUCUCGAGCACAGGCAUGGUGUCUCUGUGGCCUUCUCGAGCACAGGAAUGGUGUCUCUGUGGCCUUCUCGAGCACAGGCAUGGUGCCUCUGUGGCCUUCUCGAGCACAGGCAUGGUGUCUCUGUGGCCUUCUCGAGCACAGGCAUGGUGUCUCUGUGGCCUUCUCGAGCACAGGCAUGGUGUCUCUGUGGCCUUCUCGAGCACAGGCAUGGUGCCUCUGUGGCCUUCUCGAGCACAGGCAUGGUGUCUCUGUGGCCUUCUCGAGCACAGGCAUGGUGUCUCUGUGGCCUUCUCGAGCACAGGCAUGGUGCCUCUGUGGCCUUCUCGAGCACAGGCAUGGUGUCUCUGUGGCCUUCUCGAGGACAGGCAUGGUGCCUCUGUGGCCUUCUCGAGCACAGGCAUGGUGCCUCUGUGGCCUUCUCGAGCACAGGCAUGGUGCCUCUGUGGCCUUCUCGAGCACAGGCAUGGUGCCUCUGUGGCCUUCUCGAGCACAGGCAUGGUGCCUCUGUGGCCUUCUCGAGCACAGGCAUGGUGCCUCUGUGGCCUUCUCGAGCACAGGCAUGGUGCCUCUGUGGCCUUCUCGAGCACAGGCAUAGUGUCUCUGUGGCCUUCUCGAGCACAGGCAUGGUGCCUCUGUGGCCUUCUCGAGCACAGGCAUGGUGUCUCUGUGGCCUUCUCGAGCACAGGCAUGGUGCCUCUGUGGCCUUCUCGAGCACAGGCAUGGUGUCUCUGUGGCCUUCUCGAGCACAGGCAUGGUGUCUCUGUGGCCUUCUCGAGCACAGGCAUGGUGUCUCUGUGGCCUUCUCGAGCACAGGCAUGGUGCCUCUGUGGCCUUCUCGAGCACAGGCAUGGUGCCUCUGUGGCCUUCUCGAGCACAGGCAUGGUGCCUCUGUGGCCUUCUCGAGCACAGGCAUGGUGCCUCUGUGGCCUUCUCGAGCACAGGCAUGGUGUCUCUGUGGCCUUCUCGAGCACAGGCAUGGUGUCUCUGUGGCCUUCUCGAGCACAGGCAUGGUGUCUCUGUGGCCUUCUCGAGCACAGGCAUGGUGUCUCUGUGGCCUUCUCGAGCACAGGCAUGGUGUCUCUGUGGCCUUCUCGAGCACAGGCAUGGUGUCUCUGUGGCCUUCUCGAGCACAGGCAUGGUGUCUCUGUGGCCUUCUCGAGCACAGGCAUGGUGUCUCUGUGGCCUUCUCGAGCACAGGCAUGGUGCCUCUGUGGCCUUCUCGAGCACAGGCAUGGUGCCUCUGUGGCCUUCUCGAGCACAGGCAUGGUGUCUCUGUGGCCUUCUCGAGCACAGGCAUGGUGUCUCUGUGGCCUUCUCGAGCACAGGCAUGGUGUCUCUGUGGCCUUCUCGAGCACAGGCAUGGUGUCUCUGUGGCCUUCUCGAGCACAGGCAUGGUGUCUCUGUGGCCUUCUCGAGCACAGGCAUGGUGUCUCUGUGGCCUUCUCGAGCACAGGCAUGGUGCCUCUGUGGCCUUCUCGAGCACAGGCAUGGUGCCUCUGUGGCCUUCUCGAGCACAGGCAUGGUGUCUCUGUGGCCUUCUCGAGCACAGGCAUGGUGUCUCUGUGGCCUUCUCGAGCACAGGCAUGGUGUCUCUGUGGCCUUCUCGAGCACAGGCAUGGUGUCUCUGUGGCCUUCUCGAGCACAGGCAUGGUGUCUCUGUGGCCUUCUCGAGCACAGGCAUGGUGUCUCUGUGGCCUUCUCGAGCACAGGCAUGGUGUCUCUGUGGCCUUCUCGAGCACAGGCAUGGUGUCUCUGUGGCCUUCUCGAGCACAGGCAUGGUGUCUCUGUGGCCUUCUCGAGCACAGGCAUGGUGUCUCUGUGGCCUUCUCGAGCACAGGCAUGGUGCCUCUGUGGCCUUCUCGAGCACAGGCAUGGUGCCUCUGUGGCCUUCUCGAGCACAGGCAUGGUGUCUCUGUGGCCUUCUCGAGCACAGGCAUGGUGUCUCUGUGGCCUUCUCGAGCACAGGCAUGGUGUCUCUGUGGCCUUCUCGAGCACAGGCAUGGUGCCUCUGUGGCCUUCUCGAGCACAGGCAUGGUGCCUCUGUGGCCUUCUCGAGCACAGGCAUGGUGUCUCUGUGGCCUUCUCGAGCACAGGCAUGGUGUCUCUGUGGCCUUCUCGAGCACAGGCAUGGUGUCUCUGUGGCCUUCUCGAGCACAGGCAUGGUGCCUCUGUGGCCUUCUCGAGCACAGGCAUGGUGCCUCUGUGGCCUUCUCGAGCACAGGCAUGGUGCCUCUGUGGCCUUCUCGAGCACAGGCAUGGUGUCUCUGUGGCCUUCUCGAGCACAGGCAUGGUGUCUCUGUGGCCUUCUCGAGCACAGGCAUGGUGCCUCUGUGGCCUUCUCGAGCACAGGCAUGGUGCCUCUGUGGCCUUCUCGAGCACAGGCAUGGUGUCUCUGUGGCCUUCUCGAGCACAGGCAUGGUGCCUCUGUGGCCUUCUCGAGCACAGGCAUGGUGUCUCUGUGGCCUUCUCGAGCACAGGCAUGGUGUCUCUGUGGCCUUCUCGAGCACAGGCAUGGUGCCUCUGUGGCCUUCUCGAGCACAGGCAUGGUGCCUCUGUGGCCUUCUCGAGCACAGGCAUGGUGCCUCUGUGGCCUUCUCGAGCACAGGCAUGGUGCCUCUGUGGCCUUCUCGAGCACAGGCAUGGUGUCUCUGUGGCCUUCUCGAGCACAGGCAUGGUGUCUCUGUGGCCUUCUCGAGCACAGGCAUGGUGUCUCUGUGGCCUUCUCGAGCACAGGCAUGGUGUCUCUGUGGCCUUCUCGAGCACAGGCAUGGUGUCUCUGUGGCCUUCUCGAGCACAGGCAUGGUGUCUCUGUGGCCUUCUCGAGCACAGGCAUGGUGUCUCUGUGGCCUUCUCGAGCACAGGCAUGGUGUCUCUGUGGCCUUCUCGAGCACAGGCAUGGUGUCUCUGUGGCCUUCUCGAGCACAGGCAUGGUGUCUCUGUGGCCUUCUCGAGCACAGGCAUGGUGUCUCUGUGGCCUUCUCGAGCACAGGCAUGGUGCCUCUGUGGCCUUCUCGAGCACAGGCAUGGUGUCUCUGUGGCCUUCUCGAGCACAGGCAUGGUGUCUCUGUGGCCUUCUCGAGCACAGGCAUGGUGUCUCUGUGGCCUUCUCGAGCACAGGCAUGGUGUCUCUGUGGCCUUCUCGAGCACAGGCAUGGUGUCUCUGUGGCCUUCUCGAGCACAGGCAUGGUGUCUCUGUGGCCUUCUCGAGCACAGGCAUGGUGUCUCUGUGGCCUUCUCGAGCACAGGCAUGGUGCCUCUGUGGCCUUCUCGAGCACAGGCAUGGUGUCUCUGUGGCCUUCUCGAGCACAGGCAUGGUGUCUCUGUGGCCUUCUCGAGCACAGGCAUGGUGUCUCUGUGGCCUUCUCGAGCACAGGCAUGGUGUCUCUGUGGCCUUCUCGAGCACAGGCAUGGUGUCUCUGUGGCCUUCUCGAGCACAGGCAUGGUGUCUCUGUGGCCUUCUCGAGCACAGGCAUGGUGUCUCUGUGGCCUUCUCGAGCACAGGCAUGGUGUCUCUGUGGCCUUCUCGAGCACAGGCAUGGUGUCUCUGUGGCCUUCUCGAGCACAGGCAUGGUGUCUCUGUGGCCUUCUCGAGCACAGGCAUGGUGUCUCUGUGGCCUUCUCGAGCACAGGCAUGGUGCCUCUGUGGCCUUCUCGAGCACAGGCAUGGUGCUCUGUGGCCUUCUCGAGCACAGGCAUGGUGUCUCUGUGGCCUUCUCGAGCACAGGCAUGGUGUCUCUGUGGCCUUCUCGAGCACAGGCAUGGUGUCUCUGUGGCCUUCUCGAGCACAGGCAUGGUGCCUCUGUGGCCUUCUCGAGCACAGGCAUGGUGUCUCUGUGGCCUUCUCGAGCACAGGCAUGGUGUCUCUGUGGCCUUCUCGAGCACAGGCAUGGUGUCUCUGUGGCCUUCUCGAGCACAGGCAUGGUGUCUCUGUGGCCUUCUCGAGCACAGGCAUGGUGCCUCUGUGGCCUUCUCGAGCACAGGCAUGGUGCCUCUGUGGCCUUCUCGAGCACAGGCAUGGUGCCUCUGUGGCCUUCUCGAGCACAGGCAUGGUGUCUCUGUGGCCUUCUCGAGCACAGGCAUGGUGUCCUCUGUGGCCUUCUCGAGCACAGGCAUGGUGCCUCUGUGGCCUUCUCGAGCACAGGCAUGGUGCCUCUGUGGCCUUCUCGAGCACAGGCAUGGUGCCUCUGUGGCCUUCUCGAGCACAGGCAUGGUGUCUCUGUGGCCUUCUCGAGCACAGGCAUGGUGUCUCUGUGGCCUUCUCGAGCACAGGCAUGGUGCCUCUGUGGCCUUCUCGAGCACAGGCAUGGUGCUCUGUGGCCUUCUCGAGCACAGGCAUGGUGUCUCUGUGGCCUUCUCGAGCACAGGCAUGGUGUCUCUGUGGCCUUCUCGAGCACAGGCAUGGUGCCUCUGUGGCCUUCUCGAGCACAGGCAUGGUGCCUCUGUGGCCUUCUCGAGCACAGGCAUGGUGCCUCUGUGGCCUUCUCGAGCACAGGCAUGGUGUCUCUGUGGCCUUCUCGAGCACAGGCAUGGUGUCUCUGUGGCCUUCUCGAGCACAGGCAUGGUGUCUCUGUGGCCUUCUCGAGCACAGGCAUGGUGUCUCUGUGGCCUUCUCGAGCACAGGCAUGGUGUCUCUGUGGCCUUCUCGAGCACAGGCAUGGUGUCUCUGUGGCCUUCUCGAGCACAGGCAUGGUGUCUCUGUGGCCUUCUCGAGCACAGGCAUGGUGUCUCUGUGGCCUUCUCGAGCACAGGCAUGGUGUCUCUGUGGCCUUCUCGAGCACAGGCAUGGUGUCUCUGUGGCCUUCUCGAGCACAGGCAUGGUGUCUCUGUGGCCUUCUCGAGCACAGGCAUGGUGUCUCUGUGGCCUUCUCGAGCACAGGCAUGGUGUCUCUGUGGCCUUCUCGAGCACAGGCAUGGUGUCUCUGUGGCCUUCUCGAGCACAGGCAUGGUGUCUCUGUGGCCUUCUCGAGCACAGGCAUGGUGUCUCUGUGGCCUUCUCGAGCACAGGCAUGGUGUCUCUGUGGCCUUCUCGAGCACAGGCAUGGUGUCUCUGUGGCCUUCUCGAGCACAGGCAUGGUGUCUCUGUGGCCUUCUCGAGCACAGGCAUGGUGUCUCUGUGGCCUUCUCGAGCACAGGCAUGGUGUCUCUGUGGCCUUCUCGAGCACAGGCAUGGUGUCUCUGUGGCCUUCUCGAGCACAGGCAUGGUGUCUCUGUGGCCUUCUCGAGCACAGGCAUGGUGUCUCUGUGGCCUUCUCGAGCACAGGCAUGGUGUCUCUGUGGCCUUCUCGAGCACAGGCAUGGUGUCUCUGUGGCCUUCUCGAGCACAGGCAUGGUGUCUCUGUGGCCUUCUCGAGCACAGGCAUGGUGUCUCUGUGGCCUUCUCGAGCACAGGCAUGGUGUCUCUGUGGCCUUCUCGAGCACAGGCAUGGUGUCUCUGUGGCCUUCUCGAGCACAGGCAUGGUGUCUCUGUGGCCUUCUCGAGCACAGGCAUGGUGUCUCUGUGGCCUUCUCGAGCACAGGCAUGGUGUCUCUGUGGCCUUCUCGAGCACAGGCAUGGUGUCUCUGUGGCCUUCUCGAGCACAGGCAUGGUGUCUCUGUGGCCUUCUCGAGCACAGGCAUGGUGUCUCUGUGGCCUUCUCGAGCACAGGCAUGGUGUCUCUGUGGCCUUCUCGAGCACAGGCAUGGUGUCUCUGUGGCCUUCUCGAGCACAGGCAUGGUGUCUCUGUGGCCUUCUCGAGCACAGGCAUGGUGUCUCUGUGGCCUUCUCGAGCACAGGCAUGGUGCCUCUGUGGCCUUCUCGAGCACAGGCAUGGUGCCUCUGUGGCCUUCUCGAGCACAGGCAUGGUGUCUCUGUGGCCUUCUCGAGCACAGGCAUGGUGUCUCUGUGGCCUUCUCGAGCACAGGCAUGGUGUCUCUGUGGCCUUCUCGAGCACAGGCAUGGUGUCUCUGUGGCCUUCUCGAGCACAGGCAUGGUGCCUCUGUGGCCUUCUCGAGCACAGGCAUGGUGUCUCUGUGGCCUUCUCGAGCACAGGCAUGGUGUCUCUGUGGCCUUCUCGAGCACAGGCAUGGUGUCUCUGUGGCCUUCUCGAGCACAGGCAUGGUGUCUCUGUGGCCUUCUCGAGCACAGGCAUGGUGUCUCUGUGGCCUUCUCGAGCACAGGCAUGGUGUCUCUGUGGCCUUCUCGAGCACAGGCAUGGUGUCUCUGUGGCCUUCUCGAGCACAGGCAUGGUGUCUCUGUGGCCUUCUCGAGCACAGGCAUGGUGUCUCUGUGGCCUUCUCGAGCACAGGCAUGGUGUCUCUGUGGCCUUCUCGAGCACAGGCAUGGUGUCUCUGUGGCCUUCUCGAGCACAGGCAUGGUGUCUCUGUGGCCUUCUCGAGCACAGGCAUGGUGUCUCUGUGGCCUUCUCGAGCACAGGCAUGGUGUCUCUGUGGCCUUCUCGAGCACAGGCAUGGUGUCUCUGUGGCCUUCUCGAGCACAGGCAUGGUGUCUCUGUGGCCUUCUCGAGCACAGGCAUGGUGUCUCUGUGGCCUUCUCGAGCACAGGCAUGGUGCCUCUGUGGCCUUCUCGAGCACAGGCAUGGUGUCUCUGUGGCCUUCUCGAGCACAGGCAUGGUGUCUCUGUGGCCUUCUCGAGCACAGGCAUGGUGUCUCUGUGGCCUUCUCGAGCACAGGCAUGGUGUCUCUGUGGCCUUCUCGAGCACAGGCAUGGUGUCUCUGUGGCCUUCUCGAGCACAGGCAUGGUGUCUCUGUGGCCUUCUCGAGCACAGGCAUGGUGUCUCUGUGGCCUUCUCGAGCACAGGCAUGGUGUCUCUGUGGCCUUCUCGAGCACAGGCAUGGUGUCUCUGUGGCCUUCUCGAGCACAGGCAUGGUGUCUCUGUGGCCUUCUCGAGCACAGGCAUGGUGUCUCUGUGGCCUUCUCGAGCACAGGCAUGGUGUCUCUGUGGCCUUCUCGAGCACAGGCAUGGUGCCUCUGUGGCCUUCUCGAGCACAGGCAUGGUGCCUCUGUGGCCUUCUCGAGCACAGGCAUGGUGUCUCUGUGGCCUUCUCGAGCACAGGCAUGGUGUCUCUGUGGCCUUCUCGAGCACAGGCAUGGUGUCUCUGUGGCCUUCUCGAGCACAGGCAUGGUGCCUCUGUGGCCUUCUCGAGCACAGGCAUGGUGUCUCUGUGGCCUUCUCGAGCACAGGCAUGGUGUCUCUGUGGCCUUCUCGAGCACAGGCAUGGUGUCUCUGUGGCCUUCUCGAGCACAGGCAUGGCGUCUCUGUGCCUGCCUCUCGAGAAGGCCAGGUGUGUUGA